GAAACGACGGUUUAUUUCCACAACGGUCCCCCUUGCAAAGCAAGACCGCAUUCUAAUCCAAAAUGCCACGGGAAGCUGAGCCGUCACUAAGUGAGAAGCAAUUUGUGCUACAAGCACUCCAAGAAAACCUCCGGCUCGACGGCCGCGAGUUUGAUCAGUACCGCCCGCUGGAACUUACCUUCGGAGACCAGUAUGGCGUCGCCGACGUGACACUGGGCAAGACGAGAGUUCUCGCCAAAGCCUCAGCCGAAGUAACAGUUCCCUACGCCGACCGGCCGCUCGACGGCAUCUUCACCAUCGCGACCGAGCUCAGCCCCAUGACGGCUCCAUCCUUCGAGGUUAAUCGACCGACCGAGACCGAAGUCCUGCUCUCGCGGCUGCUCGAGAAGACAAUCCGCCGGUCGGGCGCGCUCGACACGGAAUCGCUGUGCCUGGUGGCCGGGCAAAAGUGCUGGUCGGUGCGCGUCGACGUGCACGUGCUGUCGCACGGGGGCAACCUGAUCGACGCGGCGUGCCUGGCCGUGGUGGCCAGCCUGCGGCACUUCCGCAAGCCCGACACGAGCAUCGAGGGCGGCGUGCUGACCGUCUACACGCCCGCCGAGCGCGAGCCCGUGCCCCUCAGCUGGCUGCACUCGCCCUUCUGCGUCACCUGGAGCUUCUUUGGCGAGGAAGGCGAGAUUGCCGUGCUCGACGCCACCUGGCUUGAGGAGCAGGUGCGCGUCGCCAGCUGCACCAUCAGCCUGAACCGCCACGGCGAAAUCUGCCAGAUUGCCAAGCUCGGCGGCACCCCCGUCGAGGCCGUCGCAUUGCUGCAGUGCACCAGUGUGGCGCUGACCAAGGCCAAGGAGUUCUCGGCCUUGGUGGAUAGGAAGCUGGCCGAGGAUCUCAAGCGGAGGGAUAAAGGGGGCUUGAUGGCCGAGUUGAAGGCGGAAAACGAUAGAUGAGGGUACAAGACACCUGAGGAUAGAUAUGGAGAGGGCGGGCGUUAGGAUACGCUCACGGCCCGUCGAGCCAUUGCGAAAGCCCUGACAUUGAACUAAGAGUGGCGGUUCUUGGGGUAACCGAUUGGGACCAAUGAGUCCAACCGGUGUGCUCAAGCCGCCGACGACCAGGCGACCAAGAUUCUGCCGCUAGAAUGCGCCACAAGGACAUUCAUAUCUUCAGUGGUUUUGCCGGGACUGGGAAGCAGGUCACAGUUCUCCCAGUCUGCUGGACUAAAUAGGGGCAUAAGAACUAAAAUGGGCGAGCUGGGAGUGGGAAUUGCACCGGUCACACUGGGAGACAGCAAGUCCUCUGUAGCGCCAGGAUUUGGAGAUUUGAUGGCCGCAGACAGACCGUCUAGGACAGGCAUCUGGUCUAUCCUCUCUGCGCUUAGUAUGCGCACGCCGGUAGCAUCAGGCUGCCGCAAAAACAAGCAUCAUGAAGAUACACCAUCCUCCC